AUGGUUGUUCCAAAUCAUGGCGGUCAACAACAAAGUGCGAUGCACAAUAAAGUACGACCUUUGGGGAUUCGUGGUGUCAGUAAUAUGCAUGAAAAUGGAUUAUUGCUUGGUUUGAAUGACCACCAGCUAAAUCAAUCAUUCCAACAAGAAUAUACGCCAAGGGUGACAUCAAUGCAGCCUGCAAAUAGCGCAUACUACAGCCAAUCAUUACUACCAGCAACUAUGAUGCCAUCUGCAGGCACGUUUCAACAAUUGCUGCAGCGUGUUUCGACACCGAAUUGGAACUUGCAACCAAUGCAUCAAGAAAUUACAACGACACAGCUAGAAUCAAGCAUGGGAACAAAUUUUAGAGCACAUGCGAACCACAAACAAAGUGGUAACAACACGAAUGUAAAAGAUGUUAAUGUUGUGGAACUGACUGGUGACGAUGAAGAAGAUAAUAUAAGCAAUGAUGACGAAAAUGAAUACCACCAGGCAGAUGAUGAAGAAUCUGAUCAAGUUGUAGAGGAAGAAGCAGAAACACAGAGGAUGGCCAAUAUAAAUAUAAAUGCAGAUAUUGGAGACAAAUCAACUAAAUAUGAAAUUGUUGAUAUCAACAGUCAUAGACGUGCAGUGCAAAAGAAAAGGCGUUGUUUCCCUAAGGGGUACGGAAUUCCAGAAAGCAGGCCCCCAAGAGAUAUUGGAACAAUUGAAAAGGCAAUGAGGAACGCACCAAAGCGUAAUACAAUUCACAUAUUUAAGCCAAAGGUUGGGAUGGUGUUUGAUUCUAGGGCAGAGGCAUACAAAUUCUACAAUCUUUACUCAUGGGAAGUUGGUUUCGGGGUACGUUUUGGAAGCUUUGCUAAGAACAGAGUAAACCAGAUGAGAACAAUGCAGGAAAUAGUGUGUGAGAAGGAGGGAUUUGACAAACGUUGCAAAAAUAAUUCCAAGAGAAUGCGUUGCAAAGCUAUGAUAAGGAUGCACCGAACAGAAGACCUAGGGGUCAACAACCACUUCCAGAGUGUGUUAUUUGCUGGUGUCCUGAUGACAAAGGAGGACAGUGAAAGUUUCAAAUGGGUAUUCAACGAGUUUAUCACUUUAAUGGGUGGAAAACAUCCGGUUACUAUCCUAACAGACCAAUGCAAGGCCAUGACUAUGGCAAUAAAAGAGGUGUUCACUAACUACACUACACAUCUAUGGUGCAAAUGGCAUGUUUUGCGUUAUGCACCUGAGGAAUUGGGUCCUUUGUAUCGCACAAAUGGUCCCUUCAGGAGAGACUUCCACUACGUCAUAAAUCAGAUGCUGACUGUUGAUGAGUUUGAAAGGGCUUGGGAGAAUUUGUUGGAGACUUAUAGUCUACGAGACAAUGAAUUCAUGAAAAGGACUUACACAAAGAGAAAAAUGUGGGCAAAGCCUUGGGCUAAGGAUACAUUUUGUGUGAGGAUGGCAAGCACUCAAAGGUCGGAAAGUGCUAAUAGUAUUCUGAAGAAAGUGUUCGUACAUCGUACCAAAAGACUCUAUGCCAUAGAGAAGCAUGCUAUCAGCGUAUACACGAAAAAUUGUUUCAAACUAUUCAGCGAGGAGGUAGAUAAGGCAACAGAAUAUGUGGUACAUGAAGGAGAUGGAGAAAAUAGUUACUUUGUUGUCCACAACAACGCAGAGAUGAGGAAGCAUUGGGCCCGUGUUGUUUUCAUUGUUAAGAUUGAAGAUGGUGGAGAAAAAUAUUCAUGUGAGUGUGGUCAAUAUGAACUCUUUGGAAUGCUCUGCUGCCAUGCUAUUAAGGUUAUGAUCAUUAAUGGGGUGAAAAAGAUACCUAAAGCUCACAUAAUGAAAAGAUGGACUAGAGAUGCACGUGAUUAUGAUGUAGAGUCCACAGAAAAAGUUCCUAAGGCUGGAGAUAUUCUAACAAGGCACUUGAAUAUGGCUAGGAAAGAAAUUGAAGAACUCGAAAAUGAAACAUGCAAGCAACUCUGUACCUCAGACGGAAACACUACAGCUGGGUAUAGUGCAAGAUCUGGUAAUGAAGAUGACAACACAUAUCAAAGUGGAUACGACUUAGAUGCACAGCCAGUUGUAAGAAAUGUAUAUGGUGCUUCUGGGUCCAGCGCAUACAUGAGUGAUGUCGAUCUAAGCCAAAUAAAAGCACCAUUUGCUCCAAAAGAAUCUGGGCGUAAAAGAGAAAAAAGGUACAAGCCAUUGUUCGAAAGGAGACGUAAGACCAGGAAGAGGUACACAACAUCUCCCAUGAUAUGUGAGAAUUGUGAGGAGGAAGGUCAUUCGCUCGACCGCGAGGGCGCUCGACCGCGACAGUGCAACUACAUGCAACUAAAGCGCCAUGGCCGGCGGGCCCAGGGGCGCGCGGCCGCGACAGUGCUCGACCGCAGGGGCGCGCAGCCACGACGGUGCUCGGCCGCCGGGGCGCGGUCGCGUGCGGCCGCCGGUCUUCCGUCAGCACCGAGCCUUCGCGUCACGAGCGGACCAAGAGAACGAGCGGAUAAGAUGAAGGAAGAGGACUCAAGGAAGAGACAGAAGCCGUGCGCAUGUUGCCUGCGGACUACAGGGUGCAGGGACAGGGAGAAGGAAUCCUACGCGGUGGAGAAAACUGCAGAUAAGAGAAAAAAAUAG